AUGAAGGCCAUCGAGUUUAACUCGAAGCACAUCAACACCAUGAAUGUUUACCAGUUUGACCGUUCGCGAACUAGCUACACAGUUGAAGAGUUAGCGGUAGUCCCUGGGUCCAGACAACAAAACUACCAGGUUCUGCUCGACGAAGGCAAGUGUGACUGUGGGUAUUUCCAGGCGCUUCAUCUUCGAUGUCGUCACAUCCUUGCAGCAUGCUCCCAUGCAAGAAUUGAUUGGAGGGGGUUUGUGCAUCUAGUGUAUCGCAUGGAGUCCGUCUUCAACGUAUAUAGGUUAGAGUUUCGUCCGAUUGGACAUGAGGAUGAUUGGCCAUCCUAUGAAGGGCGCAUUCAGCCCAAUCCUAUGAUGAUGAGAGUGAAGAAAGGUCGACCAGUCAACUCAAGAAUCCGGAAUAACAUGGAUGAUGUCGAGCAUACCAGGGAGAAGAGGUGCAGCUUGUGUCGUCAACCUGGUGACACGCGGAAGACGUGUCCCACUGUUGACGGUGCAGGUGCAUCGUCUAGCCGACGUUAG